AUGUCCGCGCCCUCCGAAACUGCUCCACUUCUCCGGGGCUCCUUUGAGCCCUCCGGCGAGCGGGCCCCGCGCUCGCCGCCAAUCAUCUCACCGGGCAUGGUGAAUCGCCAGCGUGUUGCAUCGGCCUCCAUCACGCCGCACAUGGAAUCUCAUACCGACUACAGCGCCAUUCUGCGCGACGUCAUCAUCGGCUUUGCAGACGGCCUCACUGUGCCUUUCGCGCUGACUGCCGGCCUGUCCAGCCUCGGCAGCACCAAGCUCGUCGUCAUUGGCGGCCUAGCAGAGCUCUUCUCCGGCAUGAUCAGCAUGGGUCUGGGUGCUUAUCUCGCCGCUGUCACGGAGCGAGAGCAUUGGGAGGCGGAGAAUGCGCGCGAGUGCUGGGAGGUUGACAACGUGCCGGACAUGGAGCGCGCUGAGAUCUACGAGAUUCUCUCCGGAUACGGCAUCUCCAGAGCCGCCGCGCAGCCCAUCACAGAUGAGCUAUGUGCGGACAAGAAGAACUGGGUGCGCUUCAUGAUGGAUUUUGAGCUCAAGCUCGAGGAGCCCGAUGUCAGCCGGGCUUGGAUCUCGGCGCUCACAAUGGGUCUGAGCUACUUCAUCGGCGGCCUGGUCCCCAUGAUUCCGUACUUUGUGCUGCACAGCGCGAGACAUGCACUCUACGUUUCUAUUGGUGUAACCGUGGUCAUUCUUCUUGUUUUUGGUUAUGUCAAAAACUACAUCACCAUCCGGAAUAAGAGAGCCGGCGUUCUGGGAGCAUUGCAGACAUUGAUUAUCGGGGCGUUAGCGGCAGGCACGAGUUAUGCGAUUGUACGACUAUUAGACACGGGAGAUGCGCCGGCAUAG